AUGAGUCGAAAGAAUCUCUUCUCAUUGAUCUUUAAGCUGAUUGUUCCUGUAAGCUUAAUUGUUGCUGUUUCUGCUCAAAUUUGCGUGGACGAUUUUGAAACUGUUAGACCAGGGGAUACUUAUGUCAGGAACCGUCGACUUAUCCUCUCAUCUCUUGCAUCCGAGGUCACAGCUAAAGAUGGCUUCUUCAAGGGUUCGAUUGGAACAUAUCCUGACCAAGUCUACGCGAUGGGGAUGUGCAUCCCCGGUGCUAAACAAAAGCCUUGUUGGUAUUGUAUCAAGAAUGCGUCUGACCUGUUAAUGCAGAGUUGUCCCAACCAGAGAACAGGAAUUUAUUGGUCAGGUGGAGGUAACACUCUAUGUAUGGCACGCUACUCCAGCCGACCGUCUUUUGGACCUUUGGAUUGGAAUCCAAAUUCUGCUGGUUAUAACACUGGAGAUCUCACCACAAAUUUAACCGAUUUUGAUGGAUUAUUGGAGCAAUUAUCUGUUAGUCUGGCAAAUAAAGCUUCAUCAUCAGGCAAGGAUGUAUCAGUUUCUAAAGAUAGAUUCUAUGCAGUUGAUGUAGUAGCCUUGACAAGAUUUCAAAAUGUAUACGCCUUAAUGCAAUGCACACCAGAUAUCACUCCGUCCUAUUGUAACACCUGUUUACGACAAUGUUAUGAUGGCUAUGCGUAUUGCUGUCUUGGGAAGCAAGGUGGCUAUGUGUUUUGGCCUAAUUGCAUUUUCCGGUGGGAUCUGUACCCCUUCAAUGGUGCCUUUGAUCGUCUUAAGUUAGCGCCUCCACCUGCAUCUCAGCUGCAAUCCCCACCUCCCCUGACCAAUAAAUAUGGGAAAAAGAUUCGUACAGAAGCUAUCAUAGGAAUUGUCGCUGCAACAGUUAUAAUCAUAGCUCUGCUUGCUCUAGGGGUUGCUGUUUGCAGGAGUAGAAAGAAAUUCCAAGCAUUUGCCUCGGGAACUGCAGAUGAUAUUACAACUGCCGGGUAUCUACAAUUUGAUAUCAAAGAAAUUGAGGCUGCGACAAGUAACUUUUUGGAGAGUAACAAGAUCGGUCAAGGUGGAUUCGGCGAAGGUACGUUCCCAAAUGGAACUGAAGUUGCAGUCAAGAGGCUGUCAAGAACUUCAGAUCAAAGUGAAGUGGAGUUCAAGAACGAGGUUCUUCUUGUAGCAAAGCUUCAGCAUCGAAACCUCGUUAGGCUUCUCGGGUUUUCUCUGCAAGGAGAAGAAAAGAUACUUGUCUACGAGUUUGUCACCAAUAAGAGCCUCGAUUAUUUCCUCUUUGACCCAACAAAGAAGGAGCAGCUAGAUUGGACAAGACGGUACAACAUUAUCGAAGGGAUUACACGAGGGAUGCUCUAUCUCCAUCAAGACUCAAGGCUCACCAUCAUACACCGUGACAUUAAAGCGAGUAACAUUCUUUUAGAUGCUGAUAUGAACCCGAAAAUAGCGGACUUCGGAAUGGCUAGGAAUUUCAGAGAUCAUCAAACUGAGGCCAAUACGGGAAGAGUGGUUGGAACCUUAGUAUGUAUGUCCUACAUAUAUUUGCACAUGUCUCCAGAGUAUGUGACGCAUGGCCAAUUCUCAACCAAAUCUGAUGUCUAUAGCUUUGGAGUAUUGAUUCUAGAGAUUGUUAGCGGCAAGAAGAAUAGCAGCUUCUAUCAGGCCAAUGGCUCAGUUUGCAACUUGGUCACAUAUGUUUGGGCGCUUUGGAAUAGUGAUUCAUCCUUAGAACUCAUUGAUCCCGCAAUUAGGGAAAGCUAUGAGAAGGAUGAAGUCAUCAGAUGCAUCCAUAUUGGACUAUUAUGUGUUCAAGAAAAUCCUGCAAAUCGUCCAGCCAUAUCUACAAUCUUCCAGAUGCUAACCAAUAGCUCCAUUACUCUACCUGUUCCUCGACCACCUGGAUUUUUCUUCAGGAACAGACCCGAAUCAGAUCCAUUAGGCCACGGAUUGGAGUCUGACACCAAGUAUGUUCCUUGUUCUAUUGACAAUGCAACAAUCACUACAGUCGCUCCUCGUUGA